CACCUCCCGAGGGAGGCCGAGCAAUCUCACCGGGGCGACGGGGGCCCUCGCCAACGAGCCGGGCGGCUGGCUCUCCUCCAGGGAGAAACCCUGUCACUUACACUUUUCCUCACCACUGUUAGGAAGUCUCCCAGAAAAGUACAGACAGAAGACUGAGGCCUGCGUUUUAGAUCGUGGAAUGUUAGCGUUGGCCAAAUCGUUGGACAUAAUGUAAGCUGGGUCGGGAAAAUGAGCUCCCGGUCUCACAGCAGGCGGGGCCUGGAAUCCUGGCGCCGUCUGCGACCCUCACUGCCUCCUACGGUCGGGGCUGAGCGUUCCUUCAAAGUAAUCACUUAAGUCCAGCAAUGACCACCUUGGAGAAAGCAAGUGAUCCUCCCUGGGAGACGGCCUGGGAGGGCAGCGCCCCCGGCGCUGGGCACACCACGUCUUCCCCGCACCCGCGGGGGAGGAGGGUUUGGGGACAGAGGCCGCACCCCGGACUCUUCUUCAGGUUGCACUGGAGGAGGCGGCGCGGAACCUUUCCCUUCCGUCUUGCUCUCGCUUCCACCCGGGCCCAAUUGGAGCCGGACGCGACAGAGGCGACCUGAACAUGGAGACAGCUGGCGCUGGGACUGGGCAGCCAGUUUCUCGGCUGGAGGCUCCGGGAUCCACGGAUGACCGGCUUUUCCUGGUUAAAGGUGGAAUUUUCCUUGGUACUGUUGCUGCAGCGGGAAUGCUUGCAGGAUUUAUUACAACGUUAUCAUUGACGAAAAAGAAAAGCCCUGAAUGGUUCAAUAAGGGAAGUAUGGCCACGGCUGCAUUACCGGAGAGCGGGUCUUCCCUUGCCUUACGAGCUCUGGGCUGGGGCUCACUGUAUGCUUGGUGUGGGGUUGGCGUAAUUAGCUUCGCAGUCUGGAAAGCUUUAGGAGUUCACAGUAUGAAAGAAUUUCGAAGUAAAAUGCAAUCAAUAUUUCCAGCAAUUCCUAAGAACUCCGAAUCGGCUGUUGAGUGGGAAGAAACAUUGAAAUCCAAAUGAGAUGAGCAUGAAUGAAUUUCAAAAUGCUUGUUACAGAAAGGGGUGGCUCUGGAGACACCAUGACAGCAAAGGGACUGAUUUCUCCCCAGGAACAUGGCAGUUCGCGGACUGAACCACGCGCUGGAUAGCGUUCGGCCUCCUCAUCACAGGAGAGUAUGUGUGUGUGUGUGUGUUGGGGAGGGUAACGUUUUCUCAAAGUUAAGAAGACUAUUUACAAAUAGUAAUUAAAGGGUAACUUCCUUAGGUAGAGGGGAUCCCAGAGGAAAUAAUUCUGUUUGUAACAGUUGAACGAAGUUUCAGUUGAACCAAGUUUCAUACCUAAAAAAAGUUUAUAAUAAAAGUCUGAUAAAAUUUAUGAAACAGACUCCCUAAUAGCGAUAGUACUGCGAUGUGUCUAAUUAAAGGAGUUUCAAGAGCCUUUCUUGUCAGUAUAUAACAGAAUUUGGAAGUCUUACUCCGAUUAGCCAGACUACAAAGUGACAGUCACUUGGUAAGUCCUGUAUAGUAGGAGGUGGGUGUGGCUCUCGUGUCCUGAGUGUCCUGAGUCUGUGAUUUACAGCCAGCACACGCAUGUGAGUUAGUUACCUGAUGCCCUUGCUUGAAGGCCCUGCAAAUUCUUAGACUUAAAAAGCCAGUAAUGAGUUAUGAUCACUCCAAAAGGCACAGUUGGGCUAAAAUGAUGAUAUCAGAGGUAAAAAAAAUAUUUUUUGAGAAGUUGGUCUGGAUCUCUGAACAUUGACAAUUUGUAAUUUUGUCUCAGUUGUCAAAGUGAGAAAAAGCCCAAUUGCCAGCUAUCUUCAGUAUUUUUAACCAGAAAGUCACCUGAGUACUGAGUCCCAAUAUUAAGUCUUUGGUGCCACCUCCCUAGUGAAGCUGUGAGGGUAAAUUCUGUGAGCACACCUAGCUCGCUCCUGUCUUCCAUGAUCUCCUACAGAAAACAGAAGAGAAUAAUGCCUACAUGCAAUUAUUUUUAGUGCAAUUGCAUUUUUAAAUAUUUUUAGAAAGAGAAAUACUUUAUGUCAGUUUGUCCAGAGAAGUAACCUCUAGCUAAGUAUCGGUUGUGCAGUUUCUUACUGCUUGCCUAGGCAAGCAAUCAGGUUUAAUAAAGGACGUUUGAAAUUUCUGUUAUCAUGAAACCUUUUAUUCUAAGGGAGAUUUUUAAAUGAAAUGUCAAGUACACAAUGUAACACUUUUCUCUAGACCAUGUUACCCUGUUAAAAUUGCUGUAUUGUUAAUGAAGCAGGUGUCAGCAUCUGGGAUUCAUGUGUAAUCUGUUAAAAAUCCAAGACCGAAAGGAAAGGAUUGGGAAAUUGGUUGGUGAAUGCGGGGAGCAAAGACUCUUCACCGGCCUUUCAUGUUAACCAAACCUCUGAGAAGAGAUCUGUAGCCUUUGAAUGAGAGGAAGGAAAGGCAGGAGCAAGAGGAACAGGUUUUGGUCCACACAGUUAGUCUGAAUCUAGAUUCCCCUGAAGAGAAUGUGCACCACCGGAUCCUUUGGUGCUUCCUGACUGUAGGUUUCCAAGCUCAUGCAUGAGAUGGGCCUCCAACCUGGUUACAACGGCUGCACUGAAUUACCCAUCUGAUGUGGGGGAGGAAAAGAAUGGGCGCGACCUAACACCGGUACAGCUGCAAUCUGGGUGUUACUUUCUGUAGAUGGAGAAUGCUCAGUGGUUUCUAAAGACCUCCACUGGGUAGGAAAAAGGAGACUCUCCCGCCUGUCUGGAGUGUUAAAGGAGAAAUCAUUGUUAACUGUGGUUCUGUUUCAUGGAUUCCUGCCUUGUAGCCUCCCUGAGGGUAGGGACCCAGCUCAGGGCCUUGUAAACUGGUGUCAGCACUGCUGGGGAGGCUGCUGCACAUCGGGCUAACGGCAGCUAGGCCCUAGCAAGGGGCCAGGGGCCAUGGUGGGGCGCUGCUUUCCCACAGGGCUGGCGCAGAGGACACCUAGACGUGUGCUGCUGAAGGAGUGUCCGGAUACUUACUAGAGUGGCAUGCCUCGUGUCUACAAAACCCUCAUACAUCACCUCUGCUGUCCUUGACCCAUGGCAGGGGGACUCCCAUAAGAAUAACGAUGAAUCCCCUGCAGAGGGGAGGCUGGCAGAGUCCAGUUCCCUGGAAGAGGGACCAAGCCUCAGCUCCAAUUGCAUUUUAAAAACAAAAGUGAAGUCACACACAGAUGAAAAUUAAAAGAGAAAAGCAGUAUGACUCAAGUGGUGUUCGCCACAGUCAGAACUUGAGUAUCAGACGAUUUUGUCAUUUGUCUAUUCCUUUUGUACCAGAGGCAUAUUGUUAAAUUGGUUAAUGGAAAGGAAAAAUGUUUAACAGAUAAUGUUAUUCUUUAUGAGACGUACCAUCUGUGUAUUGAGCUCUGAAUGUCCCUGGAUAUGGAAGAGAGGAAAUGUGAUGGAAUUUCAAGUUUGCCUUCUUUGCUGUCUUUAUCCUGGGUAGAGUAUGACAAACAUAAUCACAUUUAUCUCCUGGAGCAUAAAGAGUUUUAAUCACCCUA